AUGACACCACUCUCAAGUCUCACCUCUAUUUAUGUGUUUAGGUUUACAUUUCAUAAUUAAGAGAGAAUAAGAAAUCCAAUCCGAUCUCUUCUUAAUUCUUGAUUGAUCGUUAGUUGUUAAGCUAAAGAUCGAUGGGGAAGGAGGAGGACGACAAUGGGCGGCGUUUGAAUGAAUGGCCGGAGCCGAUUGUGCGAGUGCAGGGCCUCUCCGAAAGCGGCAUUUCCACCAUCCCGGACCGCUACGUCAGGCGCAGUCGCCGCGAGCCGCCCGAGGUGGCGGAGGAGGAGAUUCCCGUCGUUGACUUGGAGGCGGUGGCCGGCCAGAAGUCGUCUUUUUUUUCUGGUGUAGUACGGGAGAGGAUAUCGGGGGCGUGCCGGGAGUGGGGGUUCUUUCAGGUGGUCAACCACGGGGUUGACCAGGAGUUGAUGGCGGAGAUGCAGGAGGCGUGGCGGGAGUUCUUCCGGCUGCCGGCGGAGGAGAAGCAGGAGUACGCCAACUCCCCCGCCACGUACGAGGGCUACGGCAGCCGCCUCGGGGUGGAGAAGGGCGCCAAGUUGGAUUGGUGCGAUUAUUUCUUCCUCAAUCUUCUUCCCGUUUCCCUCCGCGAUUCCUCCAAGUGGCCUCGUCUUCCCCUCUCAUGCAGGCCAUUGAUUGAGAAAUAUGGUCAAGCUAUGGCGUGUUUGGGUGAGAAACUAACAAGGAUGAUGUCUCUAAGCCUUGGGCUCAAAGAAGAUAGGCUUCAUCAAGCUUUUGGUGGGGAUCAAGGCAGAGGAUCGUGCCUGCGGGUUAAUUUCUACCCAAAAUGCCCCCAACCGGACCUUGCAUUUGGCCUUUCGCCCCAUUCUGACCCGGGCGGAUUGACCAUUUUACUCCCGGAUGCCAAUGUUGUGGGCCUCCAAGUCUUCCACGUGGACAAAUGGGUUAAUGUUAAGCCAGUGCCCAACUCCUUAAUGGUUAAUAUUGGUGAUCAAAUUCAGGUGAUGAGCAAUGCGGCGUAUAAAAGCGUCGAGCACAGGGUGAUAGUGAAUUCUAUAAAGGAACGAGUGUCACUCGCUUUCUUCUACAAUCCGGGCGGGGAGGUGGUGGUUAAGCCUCUCGAUGAACUUGUUACCGAAAAUGACCCUGCGAUGUAUCUCCCGAUGACAUUCAAUGAGUAUAGAGCGUUCAUUCGAAGCAAAGGUCCUCAAGGGAAAUCCCAAGUGGAAAUGCUAAAAUCUAAAUCUUGAGUAGUAUGCUGUUUGUGGAGUCAAUUUUUUUUUUUGAAGAGUUGAAAAGUUUUGUUGCUUAUAUAUUAUCAUCAUACCAAUAAGGGUAUCUAUUUGGCCCUAGACUGAUGUUAUUAAAGGUUAAACAUUGUU